CCCUCUCCCCCUCCCCCACUUUUCUUCUCCUUCCCUCCCUCUCUCCUCCAUCUUUUCUUUUCACGCAGCCCCCAUCCCUUUUCUUUCUCUUUUUUCCAAAUCUUGAUUUCUUCUCCAUUUCAAGAUCUCUUCCCAUCAAGUCUUCUAAUUUUUACAAUCUUUUCUCCCUCCAAGCUUCUUCUCCUGCUUCUCUCCUCUUCUGCCUUUUUUUCCCGUUUCAAAUGGAAGAGCUACAGGAAUCGGACGAAGGGGAGAGCUCGGUGAUGUGGGGAGACAACGACGAAAGUGCAGAUCAAGAAGUUUCGAAUGACUUGAUCAGAUCAGAUCUACUUUUCUUGAUUUUUUCAUUUUUAGUGUGUUUUCGAAAAAAAAGGUUGUCUAUCCUGACAGACAACUUGUAAGUGCAGUGUCUGUAUUUGUUAGUCUAGGAGAAGAGUAUGUUGUUUUUCGUCAUUUGUUUGUAUUUUGUUUGGCGGACAGACAAUUUGGAACUGCAGUGUUUGUCUAGCAUAAAGUGAACGUGGUUUCAUAGUUGCUUGAAGUGAACGUGGUUUAUAGUUGUUAGAGUCGUACAUAAAAUGUGUGUGUGGUUAGACAACUUUAAAUGUAUGUGAUUUUGUUUGGAAACAUGGUUGUAUUGGUAAUGUAGUUUUUAUAUAAAUGUGUAUGCC